AACAGAUUAAUCAGAGAGAUCGAAAUUCUUCUUCUUAAGAAAAAAGACUCAAAAACUUGUUGUCAAAAUUUGGAAGAUGAAGGACAGAGAGGAAUCAUCAUCGUCUAGUUCUUCAAUGACAACAACAACAACAACAAACAACCCUAAUGGAAUCAUCAACAACGGCGAACACGAACCUCGAGAUAUCAACAUCCGAUCAUUCUCUUCUGUUCCUUCUUCUCCUCGUAACGCUUCUUCCAAAUACGAUUUCGUCAAGGUGAAGGUAUGGCUUGGAGACAACGCCGAUCACUACUAUGUUCUGUCUCGCUUCUUAGUUUGUAGAAUGUUAACUGUUACUAAGAUCCCAAAUCAUGAGGCUAUAAAGAUUUCUCUUGAACUCAAGAAGCUUCUAAUUGACAACAGUCUUCUUGAUGUCUCUCAGUCUGAUUUGGAAACCAAUUUGUUUAAGCUAAUGGAGCGACGUGGUUAUGGAGAAGAAUACAUAAAUCGUUACAACAUGAUGACAAAAUUUCAUCAUCAAAGAGUACCUCUUGUCAUACUUGUUUGCGGAACAGCUUGUGUUGGCAAGUCCACAAUAGCCACACAACUUGCUCAGAGACUAAACUUGCCUAACGUCUUACAAACAGACAUGGUAUAUGAGCUGCUUCGAACAGCAACUGAUGCUCCGUUAACAUCAACCCCUGUAUGGACUCGAGAAUUCGGCUCAUCAGAAGAGUUGAUUACUGAAUUCUGUAGAGAAUGCAGAAUUGUUCGAAAAGGACUUGGUGGUGAUUUAAAGAAAGCAAUGAAAGAUGGGAAACCCAUUAUAAUUGAGGGAAGACAUUUAGAUCCAAGCAUUUACUUAAUGAAUGAUGAGAACAAAACUCCAUCAAAUGAUCCCGAGAAGAACAGUAGCGAAACAAACUCUUCACCAGAGUUAACCUCGGACAAGAAUCCCGAGGCAGGUUCUUCAAACACGAAAGUAACCGACAAUAGUUCUGUGAAACCACCCAAUUCUCAGGAUGAAGCCGUGGCAUCUGUAGAAGCUAUCGACUUAUCAGAAAAAGUUACACAAUGUAAAAUAAACGCUGAAAGUUCGAAAGAUGCUGAGAAGAAAAGCAAAUCUGCAGAUGGAAGUGGAAAGACGAAAUCUGGCCCCGAACCCAUAGUCAUAUCUAUUGUUUUAAAGAUGUCUGAAUUCGAUCAUAAGGCUUUGCUAGAGGAGUGGAUCUCUUCCCGUACAUCUGGAGAGAAAUAUACCUCUAAGGAGAAAGAUAGACUAAUUACAAACCUAAAGACCAUUGAAGACUACCUUUGUUCCUUCAAUUCACAGGGAGUGACUGUUGUAAAUAUAUCAGCCACCACAUUCCCGCAGACACUAGAUGGGCUUCACAACUAUCUUCUUGAGCGUAUUGAGGAAGGGAUUCGAUCAUCAGAGAAUGAGGCGCCAAAGUGAGACGCAUGCAGAAGAAGUCUUAAGGAAGCUAGACUCAUCUUGUCUACUGUAAUCCUAUGUUAUGCCUCAGAAACUAUAUAAUAGUUAAAACAACUGAGAUUAGAGUGAUCAACCAAUUAGAAACGUUUCGAUUAGCGAGUUUUGUAUUCUAUAGUGUAAUCUAUCACUCGCUAUCAAAAACAAAGAGAAAUUCUUGCAUGAACUAAUAUACUAGUUACUCAUAU